CUCCCGCUGUAUAUUAGGGCGACGGCGGUCGCGGCCUGGAGCUGCUCGCGGACAAGGGCAACGGCUCGUCUGCGCCUCUCGGCUCGAGUGUCCUCCUCCGCCGCCCGGCCGUCGUGAGCCCGCGCAGUUCUUUCACAGGAGCCAGCACAUUUUCCAGACAUGGAGACUGUUGUACGCCGCUGCCCAUUCUUAUCCCGAGUCCCUCAGGCCUUCCUGCAGAAGGCUGGCAAAUCUCUGUUGUUCUAUGCCCAAAACUGCCCCAAGAUGAUGGAAGUUGGGGCCAAACCAGCCCCUCGGGCCCUGUCCACCUCAGCGGCACACAGCCAGCAGAUCAAAGAAACCCCUCCGUCCAGCGAGAAAGAGAAAACUGCCAAAGCCGUGGGCCAGCAGACUCCUGAUGGAUCCCAGCAGACUCCAGAUGGCACACAGCUUCCGUCUGGACACCCCUCACCUGCCACAAGCCAGGGCUCUGCAAGCAAGUGCCCUUUCCUGGCAGCGCAGAUGAGCCAGACAGGCAGCAGCGUCUUCCGCAAGGCUAGCCUGGCGCUUCAGGAGGACGUGCAGGAAAUGCACGCCGUGAGGAAAGAGGUUGCUCAAACCUCAGUGAACCCCAGUGUGAUCAAUGUGAAGACUGAUGGAGAGGAUCCAAGUGGGUUGCUGAAGAACUUCCAGGAUAUCAUGCGGAAGCAAAGGCCACAAAGAGUGUCUCAUCUGCUUCAGGAUAACUUGCCAAAGUCUGUUUCCACUUUUCAGUAUGAUCGCUUCUUUGAGAAAAAAAUUGAUGAGAAAAAAAGUGACCAUACCUACCGAGUUUUUAAAACUGUCAACCGGCGGGCACACAUCUUCCCCAUGGCAGAUGACUACUCAGAUUCCCUCAUCACCAAGAAGCAGGUGUCGGUCUGGUGCAGUAACGACUACCUAGGCAUGAGUCGCCACCCGCGCGUGUGUGGGGCAGUUGUGGAGACUUUGAAACAACAUGGUGCUGGAGCAGGUGGUACUAGAAAUAUUUCUGGAACUAGUAAAUUUCAUGUGGACCUGGAGCAGGAGCUGGCAGACCUCCAUGGGAAAGAUGCAGCUCUCCUGUUUUCCUCGUGCUUUGUGGCCAAUGACUCCACCCUCUUUACCCUGGCUAAGAUGAUGCCAGGCUGUGAGAUUUACUCUGAUGCUGGGAACCACGCCUCCAUGAUUCAAGGGAUUCGGAACAGUGGAGUGCCAAAGUAUAUCUUCCGCCACAACGAUGUCAGCCAUCUCCGAGAACUGCUGCAACGAUCUGACCCCUCAGUCCCCAAGAUCGUUGCAUUUGAAACUGUCCAUUCAAUGGAUGGGGCAGUGUGCCCACUGGAAGAGCUCUGUGAUGUGGCCCAUGAGUUUGGAGCAAUCACCUUUGUGGAUGAGGUCCAUGCCGUGGGGCUGUAUGGGGCUCGAGGCGGAGGGAUUGGUGAUCGGGAUGGAGUCAUGCCAAAGAUGGACAUCAUUUCUGGAACACUUGGCAAAGCCUUCGGCUGUGUGGGCGGCUACAUCGCCAGCACGAGUUCCCUGAUUGACACCGUGCGCUCCUACGCCGCGGGUUUCAUCUUCACCACCUCCCUGCCCCCCAUGCUGCUCGCCGGGGCCCUGGAGUCCGUGCGGAUCCUGAAGAGCGCCGAGGGCCGGGUGCUUCGCCGUCAGCACCAGCGCAACGUCAAGCUCAUGCGGCAGAUGCUGAUGGACGCCGGCCUCCCGGUGGUCCACUGCCCCAGCCACAUCAUCCCCGUGCGGGUUGCGGAUGCUGCUAAAAACACCGAAGUCUGCGACGAACUUAUGGGCAGGCAUAACAUCUACGUGCAAGCCAUCAAUUACCCCACUGUGCCUCGGGGGGAGGAGCUCCUGCGGAUCGCCCCGACCCCACACCACACCCCACAGAUGAUGAGCUACUUCCUCGAGAACCUGCUGGCCACAUGGAAGCGAGUGGGGCUGGAACUGAAGCCACAUUCCUCAGUGGAGUGCAACUUCUGUAGGAGACCGUUGCAUUUUGAAGUGAUGAGUGAAAGAGAGAGAUCGUAUUUCUCAGGAAUGAGCAAGAUGGUGUCUGCCCAGGCCUGAGUGUGACCUCAGCUACACCCCUAACCCUAGGCUAUUAUCAUAUCCAUCCAGAGAGUCCUCAGAAUUGUCUUUAUAUGUGAAUUAAAUUAUAUUAAAUCGUAAUCUAUAGUAAAAACACAGUCCUGAAAAUAAAUUCUUACAUAAGUGA